CUCUGUUAUUUUUUGAUUCAGCCUUACUGAAUUUCUUAAAUUGCUCUUCAGUUUUUUGUCUCGCUCAUAGCAAUAAAAAUAAUCUUUGGUUCAACUGCUGCUUGUGCAGUUGAUUAGAACUUUGUUUUCUUUAAACAUGAGAGACUUUUCCUUCAGUUGUAUUAGUAACACCCACUAUUAUGGACGGGAUUUUGUUUGCACAUGCUGCCUUCCCUAUUCUGUGUGAACAGAAGAGUCAGAGAGCUCAUGAGAGUGUCCAAAGUUAGGAGAAUGUGUAUGAAUGACCUUCCUUUUGCCAUAGGUGAAGCUCUUCUGUAGCCCUGUUGCCUGCUGUUGCUGUAAUACCUGUGUUCAAAUCAGUUUUGUGUAUCUUGAACACCUCAUACUGACAGUUGAAGCCUUAAUUCACAUCUUGAAUGGUCCAGUGAUACUGUGCUAGAUCCUCAAACUUCGAUUCAGGAGGGACAGUUGUAUUGUCUUAACCAUUUAAAACAUGUUCCCCAGUAACUGAUUUGCACAGAAUUCGCUGAUGUUUCCUGCCUAGGUUUUUGAAGCUUCAUGUGGAUUGAUGGUGUUAGUGUAAAGCUAGAAUCUUCAGUCUAAAUUGCCAGUCACUGCUUGCUGAAGGAAACAUAAAAGGAAGCAAAACCCCUCGACAGAGUUUCUCUGAAUCUGGAAAAAGUGGAGCUUGAGCUCCAUGAAUUUAGCUCUUGCUGGUUAACCAGAUGUUGUGAUGAACAGUAUUGUUUCAGGAAUCUGACUUGGGCAUCCUACUCGAGCAAAUGAAAAGGAAUACAUUCUGCGGAGUCCCGUUACAACCCAGGGAUCACAAACACAGCAACUACAGAAGCAUUAUGGCAUUACCUCACCUAUCAGUUUAGCUGCCCCCAAGGAGAUUGACUGCAUGCUUACCCAGAAAUUAAUUGAAACCCUAAAACCUUACGGUGUAUUUGAAGAGGAAGAAGAGCUGCAACGGAGGAUUCUGAUUUUGGGAAAAUUAAAUAACUUGGUAAAGGAAUGGAUACGGGAAAUCAGUGAAAGCAAGAAUCUUCCACAAUCGGUAAUAGAAAACGUUGGAGGAAAAAUUUUUACAUUUGGAUCCUAUCGAUUAGGGGUUCAUACAAAAGGUGCUGAUAUUGAUGCCCUAUGUGUUGCACCGAGACAUGUUGAAAGAAGUGAUUUUUUCACAUCAUUUUAUGAAAAGUUAAAACAACAAGAAGAAGUGAAAGAUCUGAGGGCUGUUGAAGAAGCUUUUGUCCCAGUUAUUAAACUUUGUUUUGAUGGAAUAGAGAUUGAUAUUUUGUUUGCAAGAUUAGCACUGCAAACUAUUCCUGAGGACUUAGAUCUACGAGACGACAGCCUACUUAAAAAUUUAGACAUUAGAUGCAUACGAAGUCUUAAUGGUUGCCGGGUAACCGAUGAAAUUCUGCAUCUAGUACCAAACAUUGACAACUUCAGGUUAACACUGAGAGCUAUCAAAUUGUGGGCAAAACGCCACAACAUCUAUUCCAAUAUACUAGGUUUCCUUGGCGGUGUGUCCUGGGCUAUGCUAGUAGCAAGAACUUGCCAGCUUUAUCCAAAUGCAAUAGCAUCAACUCUUGUACAUAAAUUUUUCUUGGUAUUUUCUAAAUGGGAAUGGCCAAAUCCAGUGCUAUUGAAACAGCCAGAAGAAUGCAAUCUUAAUUUGCCUGUAUGGGACCCAAGGGUAAACCCCAGUGAUAGGUACCAUCUUAUGCCUAUAAUUACACCAGCAUACCCACAGCAGAACUCUACGUACAAUGUGUCCGUUUCCACACGGAUGGUCAUGGUUGAGGAAUUUAAACAAGGUCUUGCUAUCACAGAUGAAAUUUUGCUGAGUAAGGCAGAGUGGUCCAAACUUUUUGAAGCUCCAAACUUCUUUCAGAAGUACAAGCAUUAUAUUGUACUUCUAGCAAGUGCACCGACAGAAAAACAGCGACUAGAAUGGGUGGGCUUGGUGGAAUCAAAAAUCCGUAUUCUAGUUGGAAACCUGGAGAAGAACGAAUUCAUUACACUGGCUCAUGUGAAUCCACAGUCAUUCCCAGCACCCAAGGAGAAUCCUGACAAGGAAGAAUACCGUACAAUGUGGGUGAUUGGGUUGGUGUUUAAGAAAACUGAAAACUCUGAAAAUUUAAGUGUUGAUCUUACCUACGACAUUCAGUCUUUUACAGACACAGUUUAUAGGCAAGCAAUAAACAGCAAGAUGUUUGAGAUGGAUAUGAAGAUUGCUGCAAGGCAUGUGAAACGUAGGCAACUUCAUCAACUGCUACCUAAUCACGUGCUUCAGAAAAAGAAAAAGCACUCGACAGAAGGUAUCAGGUUGACAGCUCUGAAUGACAGCAGCCUAGACUUGUCUAUGGACAGUGAUAACAGCACGUCUGUGCCUUCGCCUACCAGUGCUAUGAAGACAAGUCCAUUGAACAGUUCCGGAAGUUCUCAGGGCAGAAGCAGUCCUGCGCCAGCUGUAACAGCAUCAUCUGUGACCAACACACAGGCUUCUGAAGUCACUGUGCCACAAAUAAAUUCCAGUGAAAGCUCAGGGGGUACUUCAAAUGAAAGCAUUCCUCAAACUGCCACACAGCCAGCCAUUUCUCCACCACCAAAGCCUACCAUCUCUAGAAUUGUUCCCUCAGCGUAUCUAUUAAACCCAUCACCAAGAAGUUCAGGAAAUGUUGCAACAAAAAUGCCUAGCCCUGUCGCAGCAGUGAAAAGGACAUCUUCUCCCAAUAAAGAAGAGUCUCCUAAGAAAAUUAAAAUUGAAGAGCAGGAUGAAAUAAGUGAAGAUACUAGCUGUAUAGAUUUGAAUGAACAUGAAAAAAUGGAAGCUAAGGAGCAAAUUGAGACAGAAGUGAAUGUUAAUUCUCAAACAGAAACUCUUCAGACAACUUCUCUGCAAGCUCCUCAGCUAAACAUGUAUGGCUUGCCAUACAAACUGACCGAAGCUGGAUUCGCUCUUCUGAAUUGUGCCUUCAAACUUUUUUACAGAUUGUGUGGUUGUUACUUUAGCAAAAGUAAUCUGGAAACUACAAAGGAUGGUGAGCCUUCUCUGUCAUUUUUCAGUGUUCUUGUUGGCUUUAACACACUGCCCAUAUUGCAGAAAAUAGAAACAUGUCGAACUGCAAAUCAGCAUCAACUAGGUUACUCGGGGCAGGGGUGAUGCAAGGUGCAGAGCUAUUUUGCCCUGGGUCCUUGCUACUUUGAGCUUUGCUACUGAGGUGUUAACUUGAUUGAUUCAUUUUUAAUAAAGCAGCAAUUAAGAGCAGUCAUUUUAAUGCAGUUUUCCCCAUGUAUGAAAUGUACAUUAUAUAAAUUUUUAACAUUUACAAUGUAAAAAAAAUAUUUUAUGAGAAAUUAUGUGAUGUACUGCAUAAUAAUUGGGUUAUUGGGAUGGCAAAUAAUGUGCCACAGUGGAAGUGAAAAUACUUAAAAAAACCCACCCACCCACCCCAACCUUAGAGGCAUAUAUGGCAAGUGAGAAAUGAAUCUUGGGAGCAUUUCUUUUCUGUGUUUUCCCUGUUUGUUUUAGAUAUAAUUUUGCUGAAUGGUAUUUAAGUGAGAAAAGAAUGUUCAGAUUAUUGUCAAGGUGGAAUUCUUAACACAUUUAUUCAGUACCUUUUUAGAGUUUGUUAUACUUUUUGUUCAUGUAAAUUUGAGCCAAUAUGAAAAAUUGGAAAUUUGACUGUAGAGUUUUUCAGCAGUCUGGAAUGUAAAUUUCUGAAGACGCACGCUUUGGAUCGGGAACUUGUCUUCAUCAGUUGUCUGUAAGGGCAAAGACUGAACACUGAAUUGACAUUUUUAAAUACUAAACAUGUAGAUCAGAUAGUAGAUGUGACUGAUCAAGCACCUGUAUUAUGUGGAUGUUUUACCAUAAUGCAGUUAUUAGUACGUCCAGCUUUGUCCGCAGCACUUGCUAAUUUCUUGCAGUUGUCAGAAAAGGAAAAACACACAAAGUUUCUAGCAGAAAUUUUCCAUAGUGAAGACUCUGUAGGCAAAGGAAAUACCUGUUUUUCUCUUCAUAAUCUGCAGUUAUCUUCAUAUAUUCCUAAAAAGUCUUCUAAAGAUCGUUGUUUCAAAAGUUAAUGCCAAUUACUACAAUACUUUUCUUUUUAUACUUUAUGAAGUCAAAAUGCAACUAAACUUAUUUUCUUUUCAGAAAACACCCAGUACAGACCUUUCAGAUAUCCCUGCUCUUCCUGCAAAUCCUAUUCCUGUUAUCAAGAAUUCAAUAAAAUUGAGAUUGAACCGGUAAAAACCACCUCAGGGGUCCAUAAACAGUAUCUGCCAACUCAACCUGUUGUCUUCUAAUGCUAGAAAAAAAAGGAGAACGGAGGGUGCAAGACUAGAACAUAAUCGCAAAUGGAUUUAGGUAUAUGUUGUGCACUUCCCUUUCUGGACUCGAGCCGCCGCUUGAUUGGAAGUCCAGGUUAGUAUGUGAAGCCAGGAGUACAAUUAAUGUGUUAGCAACAGUUACAUUAAAUAUUUCGAAGGAUUACUGCCUUUAAAAACAUGGAACACUAUUUGUAGCCAUAUUUGACAUUCUGAUUGAAUUUGUUUGAUGCAUUGUUUCAAAAUUGAGAUAAAACUGGCAUAAGAAUCCCUUAAAUGCACUUUUAUGUACUUUUUUAUUGGAGUAUGACUAAUUUUAGAUCUUUAGCUGAUAAAAUUUCAUUUUAUUGAAGAGUCUCUUCAAUAGUAGUAAGUUGCAAAUUGGAUGACAUUCUGUCAUAUGCUAUACAUUGAAAAUAAAGUGUAUAGUAUGUUUAGUUCAACUGCCAUCAAGCAGCAGUAAGUCUUAAAAAUGUAAUGUCAAAUCUUGGAGUCAUAAGACACAAGUUGAGGAAGUAAUUGGGAAGUUUUGGUAUUGGUGGGACACGAUUAAGAUGUGGUCUACUUUUAUUUAUAGGAUUGUUUUAAGGUGCAUACAAAUCAGCAAUCAAACAGUAAAUUUUCUUUUGAGCUAAUUGAACUCCUUAUUCCCUUUUUUUAUCCUUUCAUUUCUUGGGAAAAACUUUUUCGUUUAAUGUUGCGGGUUUUUGGUUGGUUUUUAAAAAUUAUAUUUUCAGCUUGUGUGCACCGUAUAGAACAGUAGUUAUUUAUACAAAAUAAAAACAAGCCGUGUAUGCAUUUGGGUUCCCCCCUGCCCCUUACCUAGUUGUAAUACCUUGUGGCCUCUAGGCACAAAUUCAAAAUUCGUCCCAUGACUAAAGUGUUCAGAUAAAUAUUGUGUGCCUGUGAAAUACACCACCUGUCUUGAUGGCCUUUGAAUCACUAAAUAUGAUCUUUGUACACUCCAUAAAGGUCCCAUAAGCAUUAAAAAGCUUAAAAUUUUAAAUAAAGGCAAAAAGAUUUUUCCCUAAGAAUUUUAACCUUUUUAUUUUUAGGUAGUUCAUCACAAACAGUUUUACAUACUGAACAACACCAAAAUUUUAAAAAUCAUAUUUCUAGCAAGCACUUGACAUCUAGUAAGCUCUCUUACUCCUAUUUUUUGUUCUUGUAGUCGUAUUAAAAAAAGUAACAGCUUUUUCUUUUGAAAGAACUGAAGCUCUCAUGGGAAAGAACAGCAGUAUUUGAGGAACAUGAGGGAUACCAACAGUAAUACCAGAUGUAGAUAACAAACUUCAUGUUACUAUUACUUAAGUCUGAAAUAUGUGGGAUGUCAAAUCAUACUUCCCAUACUUUGAUUAGCAUGUUUUAUGAACUCCCUUCUCCCAUUGUGCUCCAUCCUAUUACACAUGCAUCUUUCAUGUUACAAGUUAAAUUACUUACACUCUUCCCCUUAUCCUUCUAAAUUAAUUCUCCAAAGUCAGAGUGUAGCUUAUCUUUUACUUAGGCUGUGCAGUAACUGAAGGGUUUUUUUUUUUUUUGCCAUUUGUCUAAGAUGUCUAGUAUACAAUAUUUCUCUUUUCCUUGCCCUGUGCAGCCUGCUGUCGUCCACCCCCCAAAGAAGGUUAUAUCUUAACAGUUGAAGUGUACAAGCUGUCUGUGUAUUUUGUGUAGCUAUGGAGUUUAGAUCGAAAUUGCCAGGCACAAAUUUAGUCUUGUCAUUUUGUUUACACAUCGGAAAAAUCUUUUUCAUUUUAUUAAACGUUUCAUGUAACUGCACCCAAGUUUUGCCAAGCUGGAAACUUGGAACCUUUCUGUAUAGUGACUUUUUAAUUCUAGUUCUCAUAACCUGGAGAUCAGACUGUUGCUUUCGCAUGAUGUACGUAGUGUCUCAUGACUGGAGUUUGCUUUGUUUUAUAGUAUCUGUACUCCUUGUAUUUUUCAAGAGCUAUUUUGUAAACAGAUGAUGUAUUUCUCCAUUGAAAACACAAUAAAAAACAGCACAAUCCCA